AUGCUUGCUGUAUGUGUUGACGCGCCAGGAGGCCCAGAGAACCUGCUCUUGCGGACCGUCCCCAGGCCGGAGCUGAAAGAUGGAGAGGUCCUCGUCAGGGUUCGAGCCACUGCUCUCAACAGGGCAGACCUGCUGCAGAGGAGGGGGCUGUACCCCGCCCCUCCGGGCGCGAGUGACAUCCUGGGCCUGGAGGCCGCUGGAGUGGUGGCCGAGGUGGGGCCAGGGGUCAACGGUUGCUGGAGGCCGGGCGAUCGGGUGAUGGCCCUGCUGUCCGGGGGAGGGUACGCCGAAUUCGUGGCGGUUCCAAAGGCGCAGCUCAUGCCAAUCCCCUGCCACCUGACCUUCCAGCAGGCCGCUGCCAUCCCCGAGGCCUGGGUCACUGCCUACCAGCUCUUACACCUCGUAGGCCGGGUGCAGCCGGGGGACACCGUGCUGGUGCACGCCGCGGCCAGCGGGGUCGGCACGGCCGCCAUUCAACUGGCCCGCCUGGCGGGGGCCGUCCCCAUAGCAACGGCGGGGACCCCCGAGAAGCUGAAGAAGGCCGAGGAGCUGGGUGCGGCAGCGGGAAUCAACUACAGACAGGAAGAUUUCAGCGAAGAGACCCUGCGCUACACUGAGGGUCGGGGGGCGGAGGUGAUCCUGGACUGCAUUGCCGGGGCCAACUGGGAGAAGAACGUGGCGUGCCUGGCCGCUGACGGCAGAUGGGUGCUGUACGGGAAGCUGGGAGGCGGCCCGGUGAACGGGGACCUGCUGGGCAAGCUGCUCUCCAAGCGGGGCCAGCUCCUCAGCAGCCUGCUGCGGUCACGCAGCCCACAGUACAAAGCGGAGCUGGUGCAGUCCUUUGUGGAAACGGCCCUACCACACUUCUCCCCGGACGCUGACCCCGCCCUCAGACCGGUGAUUGACAGCGUGUUCACCGUGGAGCGCGUCGCCGAUGCUCACAGACACAUGGAGGCCAACAGGAACAUCGGCAAGAUCAUCCUUGAAUUUCCCGCCACCGAAGGCUAGCGCUGACGCUAACACCACCGCCCGAAUCGCGAGGCCUCCAGUCCAGAAUUUGGCUCCAUGUCCGUCGGGCUCCAGGGCCAGGCCUGCUGUGUCACCGGCUGCCCUUGACUUUGACCGACAAAUGAAAGCAGAGUUUACCUA